GUGAUACCCAUCUCUAAGGCAGAUGUGCUGCCAACCUCCUAAAUUCCUUUUUUCCACGCAUGUAAGUGAGCUGUCCUCAAAUUUAUGUGCUGAGACAUGCACAUUUUAUAUUCCAGUAGUGCCUUGCACCCCCUCCGGGCUUUUGUUGCAGCCUCACCAAAAAUACAGAUUCACAUGACUCUGGAAUGAAACAGGAAAGUCUCAUCUGCCUAGGUUACUUUAAAUAGAAGAGGAAAGGAAUUAACAGAGGAACCAGCAAAGCUCAUCUCACUUCUCAGAAUUGAUUCUCUGACCUUUUUUACUAUCUGUGUCCCCCCCUUGAAAAUCUGCUUUUCAUCUGCACCAUUCCAGCCUCCUGCAAUUGAGGAAGUCCCCGAAGCUUUUUUGAGCCCUUUUCAAAGAUCCCACCUCUGCAGCCAGACACCGAGCUUCGUUUCUGUCGGCACAGGACCCGUGCGCAGCCUCUGCCGCCUCCUGCCUCCUUGUUUUUCCUGGAAUACUGAUCCGACCUCGGGAGCAAGAUGUGCAAGGGACUCGCUGCACUGCCAGCCACUUGCUUAAAAAGUGCCAAAGACAUGAAGCACCGUCUGGGCUUCUUGCUGCAGAAGUCAGAUUCCUGUGACUAUAGCUCUUCCCAGGGCAAGAAGGAGAAGUUAUCUUCAAGCCAGAGGCUUAGCCAAGAGGAAGUCAGAAAAUGGGCAGACUCUUUGGAAAAUUUGAUCCAUCAUGACAGAGGACUGGCUGCUUUCCGUGCUUUUCUCAAAUCUGAGUACAGCGAGGAAAACAUCGAGUUCUGGGUUAGUUGUGAGGAGUACAAGAAAACCAAGUCACCAGCCAAGCUCAGCCCCAAGGCCAGGAAGAUCUAUGAUGAGUUCAUCUCAGUGCAGGCCACAAAAGAGGUGAACUUGGAUUCGUGCACACGGGAGAAGACGAGCCACAACAUGCUGGAGCCUACGCUGUCCUGCUUUGAUGAGGCUCAGAGAAAAAUAUUCACCCUCAUGGAAAAGGAUUCUUACCGUCGCUUCCUCAAGUCCCCUUACUACCUGGACUUGGUCAGCCCGCCUGGUGCUGGCUGUGGGCCCGAAAACUGCAAAAGAAACCACACUCACAGCUUAGACUGCAACUCCAACAUCAUCUCUCAGUGCGCCUGAACCUGCAGCAAGGCAGGGGCCGGCCAGGCUCUUGCAGAAUAUAUGGCAGCAAAAGCAUUCAUUGGCAUGAAGCAACAGAGCUGUCUCCAGUAGCUGUCUAAUGUUCCAGUUGUAUCCCAUGUCAUGCAGCAGCCAGCAUUUGUAACCCAAUCCAGGCUCAGUGUGUGUAGCAAACCCUCCUCUGAUGGGUCGGUGUAGGAGCGCUGGGGUCUGUGUCUGGCAGGAGCUGGGGGCAGUCACUGCGUGUGCUGGGGCUCUGCCGAGCCCUGUGAGCCCAGCAAGGUGCUGGGGAGCUCGCAUCAGCCCCGGCUCUGCUCACGGAGGGACCAGACUGGCGAGAUCACCGUGUGACACCCUGAGAGGUGCAGGGCAGAGAAGCAGCCGAAGGAAGUGCUGGGGACUGUGAUCUCCCCUUUCUAAUCUGCAAAGGCGUAGGUGAAAAGGGCUCUGGUUCUUAGCUGUUCAUAGCUCCCAAAUGUCCAGGCUGUCAGGAGUGUUUUGCUCAGAGCUCAGGCUGUGCUGCAUUGCAGUAUCAUGCACAGGAAGAGCUCCUACUCUUUCUUGAAGGGAGACCAAAACUUUUCAGACAGCCUCCGUCAAUCAUCACAGCCACAGUCGCAGGGAUGCUCAGCCUCCCUCGCUCGUCAUGGGAAGCUCUUCCCUCUGGCUGCUGCUCCCUCUGUAGCACCCUGAUCCUUGUGCUGGCCAAGGAUCUUCCCUAGGGCUGUGCAGAGCUGUCACUUUGAGGAAGGCUCAUUGUUUCCUAUGUUAUUAAUUGUGACCUUCACGCUCCCAGGUUAAGUAGUCCAUCAGAGCAGAACAGAAACAUGCUCCGUUCCUUCUCUCCCAGACAGGUGUAUACUCCUGACUCUGGGAGUGCCAUUUCAGCUUUGCCUGUCCUGGCUUGUAAGAAGCAGUUUGUGAGGGAAUAGGACCACCAUGUCCGAGGAGGAAAGGCCCUGCUUGGGAGUACUCGAAAACGCUGGAGUUUUUGAAGGUGUUAUUUAUGUGCUUCAGUAGUAGCAUGGCUCACUUUUCCUGAAGAUGGUAGGAGGAAUGUGUCUAUCUCAUUGCUGCUCCAGGGCUUUGCCAGAAGGAAGCUGACUUUUUAAUUGCAGUGCUGAGACACAGCCUUUGCUGUGGGCUUUGGCACUGACCUGCAGUGGGAAGCAUGGGAGGCAGCUGCAGGAUUGCUGCUGUGAGCUGCAGCACCAGGUGUCUCACUGUCUCCCAGCCUUGGUGUCUCCUUCGUUAAGUAUUGCUGCUCUGGCCACUGUGUGUCCUGCACUCUGCAUCCCAGUCCAUACAGCAGCUCUCACACCAGCGUUUUGGCAUUGCAGGAGGAGGCUGUGGCUCUCCAGGCCCAUGGAGAAACUUCUUUUUUAACAUGUGCUUUAUUUUGUAUUUAUUCAGUGUACUAACACCUAUCACCCUGCAUGCUCAGCUAAGAGAUGGAGAGGCUUGCUAAAGCGCUGAACAUAGCCAAGCAUGUGGCUAUGUUUUAUUUUCCCCUGGUACUGGGAACUCUUGGUAACUAUUGCAAAAACUGUAUCAAUAUUUAAAUAAUUAUGAAUGCAGUCUAAAUAAAGAUGUUUGUGUUA